GAGAACGUAGCUCAUGCAACGACUUUUUUCUAUAAAAUUUAUUCGAAUGCACGAGAUUUUCGUAGAAUUUGUAUAACGAAUUUCAGCAACGUAAAACAGAAUAUUCCAAAGCAGAAAAUUCGAAUUUAUUAAAAAGAAAUGGGCGUUGAUUAUUAUGGUGUCUUAGAACUAACUUCUUCAGCCACGGAUGAUGACUUCAAAAAGGCGUAUAGACGCUUAGCACUAAGAUAUCAUCCUCUAAGGUGUAACGACGAUUAUGCUUACAAGAGAUUUGCUCUAAUUUCCGAGGCGUAUGAUGUUUUGACGAAUCCCGAAACGAAGGCAAUUUAUGAUCAAUACGGUGAAUGCGGAUUGAAAUUGGGAGUGCCCAUUUGGGCAGAGGGCGCAGAAGGUGCCGUUGUAAAAAAUUACAGCUUUCAUGGAGAUACAGAGAAGGUUUUUCGUGACUUUUUUGGCGUUGAUAAUCCUUAUGCAGAAUAUUUUAUCCCCAAUAAUGAAAAAAUGGGCAAAUAUUUGGGACCGGAAGGUAAAAUGACACAGCUGGUACCCGACCCCACUCACAUAAUAGAAGUGGAACUUGAAGAGUUGUUUAGUGGCUGUUUUAGAAGAUUAGUGUAUGAAAGAAAGGUGUUGAACGAAGACGGAGUGACGAUGAGAUCGGAGACAAAAAACUUGUCCAUUCAAAUUCCACCAGGAUGUCCUUCCGGAAGGAAGUUUACAUAUCGUGGACACGGACACCAGAAUCUGAACUCGGCAUAUGGAGAUGUCGUCGUGUUAAUAAAACAGAAACCACACAAAUUAUACAUUCGAGAGGGAAAUGAUUUGUGUGUCGACACGAAGGUACCGUUAAUGGAUGCACUGACCGGCUUUAAAACAAAUCUGGACACGCUCGACGGCACUUCUCUCUCAAUUGCAAUCCCCGAGAUAAUAAAACCAGGCACUAGGAAGAUAUUAAAAGGGAAAGGAAUGCCUAACGAAGAAAACAGAAGAGAGAGAGGAGAUCUUAUCAUCAAUUUUCAAGUUGUAUUCCCUGAAUAUUUAACCAAAAUCCAGAAAGAAAUCAUUAGGAAAGGAUUUUUGCAUAAAUCUGAGGAUAAUUAAUAGUUUUAUUGCAUUUCGUGCAGAUGUAAAUGGAUCAGAAUGGAUUAAAGACAAAUAAAUGGAUAAAUGAAUCUCAUAAACAAUGUGGUUAUUAAUAUAAGUCAAUUCAUUUUAGUAUUAAACGUGAAUAAAAACCAAUUAACCCCUAUAGUUCCAGUUUGUUUAUUCUUUAACAGGUAAAGAAUGAAGAGUAAGGAGGAAAAUUUGUUUCUCCUCUCUAUCCACUGCAGGUUUGGCUAUGCCCACAAUACGGGUGGCAGAGCGAUGCCUGCCUAUGUUUAUUUUGGAAUGAUCUUGCCGGUCUUCUAACCUGAAAUCAAGUUUCCUCUCGAACCUCUAUUUCUGGAACGAAAAAAACAAUGGGCAUAGUGAGAAUUCAUGCAAGUGUAUGUGUCGACUGCUAUGGGGAGAGAGAAGUUCAAAUUUGAAGUUUGAUAAUGACCUCUAGACAGAGUCAAAAUCAAGUGGUAGUUGCAUAUUGUCACUUGUCAGAGAGAGAAGAGAGCAAGUUUGAAGAGAUGCUGUCGAUUAAUCCAAAUCACAAUUACAGUGGUAUACAAUUUACAAUCACGUUUCUGAAAAUAGAGAAAGAAGGUGACUUCAAAUCUUUUUAAAAGGUCUUGAAACUAACAUUUAAUAUAAAAAUGUUCAACUGCAAUAAAAAAAAAGCAAAACGUUGCUUUUUUAUUGUGUUCUUCAUUGUGAUAAAACUCGCCUCGACCAUUUUAUUGGAGAAAAUGAUCCACAUUUUUAUGCUCUUCACAAUAAAGUUCCCAUCACAAAGCUCUGUAUUAAUUACAUUGUCCUUAUUACAAUUAUAUUUUAUAUAAACAUCAUAAAAUAUUUUAUGAUGUUUAUAUAAAAUAUUUUAUCAUAAAAUAAGUAAAUACCAUCAGCCAAAGUGACUUAUAAAAUGUUGAAUUUUUCGAUUCUUUAGUUAUUAACACCUCUGUAGCAGUCGACACACAAAUUUGCUUAAAUUCUCACUAUGUCCAUUGUUUUUCUUAUUCCCAAAAUAGGUUAAAUAUUAUAGAAAAUUUGAAGACUCGACUCGAUUUCAAGUUAGAAGCCUUGUCUUGUGAGUGAAUUGAAAUAUUAGAAUAUGUUAUCUUUCACCUUAAUUAAUGGAAAUGGGACCUUGUUUUACACAGUAUCCAAUUAACAUUUAACAAAUGAAUUAAAUUUUAUGCCUAUCAAGUGAGAUUGUACAUUUGCUUACA